GCGUCAUUCCCGGCACCAUCGGCCAAAAACACAAAACAAAACCCCGAAAGAAACGGCCGAGUGAAGCUUUCCAACGCAGGAUGCUGUAACUCGCGUCCAUUGUUUGUGCGAACUCGCAACAGCCAUCCGGAAGCCGUGCGAGCCGGAAAAGAUUGCUUAAAACACAACCAUCAACCAUCGAAACGAGUUCAUUCCGUGAUUGGUGCUGGUGCUGACAGGUAUCGUCCAGACAUAGAAGGCGGACGAAGAAGGUCUGGUCAGCAAGUGUCACAGGGUUGUAUGUUUGGUGCGAUCCUGCUGGGAUGAGAGAAGGACUGGGAAAUCGGUAAUCGCCCUGGUGGAAGUUUAGUUUACUGUGCGGAUAGUUAAUGUGUGAAGUGUCCUCCUUAAUACUCUCGCUGUGUCUCUGUUCAGUGUAGGUGAAAGUGAAGGGUUUAAUGAUAAUCCUAAUGCCCAAGUAUUUUAAAGGACAUACCGUGCUCCUGUGUGUAUCUGUUUCAAUUAGAAAACACUGCUAAACGAAGGAUGAAUACUAGUUAAUCAUUACAUCGGGAAAGGUCUCUCUGAUGUGGAACCAGAAUCAUCUGUCGAGCUGAAGUUUUUAUUGAUGAUUAGCUCAGAGUCUAUCUGAUUACAGUGAGAUUUCAACCGCAUCUCUAGACACUGAGGAUCUUGCUCAAAACAUUUACAAAUGCAUUCACGCGUGCUGAUGGUUUGUUGGAGGCGUAAGCUAUUCUUUCUCGGCGCUUCCCUCCUGUUCCUGUUGGCCCUGUGGUUUUGGGGUUUCCUGUACACAACGCACAUUACCGAGGAAGGUGGUAAGAUCGUGUCGGUAAGGGAGCUAAUGCUUGGCAGUGCACACGGCCGGCAUGAGAGUUUGCUGCAACGGUUAGGAUUCCACGAUCGACACGAUGCAGUGCAGGACGGGGCAAUACCGCACGGCGAACAAGUGUCCGCACAGCUUGAGGGCGAUGAAGGUGGGGUAAAGUUUGUCAAACCGACGCCGGGAGGAAUACGUCCAGGGAAGGGACGCCACACCAACGACUGGGAUGUGAUCAUGCAGGAUCGUACAGAUGAGGGAAAACUGGCUAACCCGCAGCUAAGUGCCAAAGGACAACGUCACGUGUCAGAUGAGAUGCGUAUAGCUGCCGAGCGACAAAGCCACUACGAGCACGAACUGAAGCGUAUGGGCGUCCCUGUUAUUGCCGGUAUCGGUCCGGGCGGUAGACCUCCUCCAGCUCAACGUCUAGUGCACUUCGAUCUAAAGGGAGCACCUCCAAAAAUAUCCUACCUUCGGCGAUUGAUGCCCAUCCUCAAAACCUUAGGCGCAACGGGCAUUCUGCUCGAGUACGAGGACAUGUUUCCUUACGGCGGUCCGCUGGCACCGUUGGCCGCACGCAAUGCGUACAAUCGGGACGAAAUUCUCGAGCUACUGAAGUCCGCCUUCGCACUGGGACUCACCGUGAUCCCUUUGGUGCAAACCUUUGGCCAUCUGGAGUAUGCACUGAAGCUGAAGGAAUUUGCACACCUGCGUGAGGUGGAAGACUCACCGCAGGCCCUCUGUCCGAGCUACAACUCCUCGCUAGCGUUCGUAGAGGAACUGUUGACGCAAGUCAUCGAGUACCAUAUGCCGGCCACAAACGCGAACCUAUUCCACAAGGAAGACAUUGAACGCUUAACGCCCAAGCUGACACACAUUCACAUCGGUUGCGAUGAGGUGUACCGGCUGGCGGAAUGUCCUCGCUGUCGACAUCGGCUCAAGGAUCAACUGUUUCUGGAUCAUGUGUACAACGUGGCGACGAUCGUAAGGCGCCGGUGGCCCCACCUUCGCAUCAUCAUAUGGGACGAUAUGCUAAGGCAUAUGGCUGCCGACACACUGCAAGCGUCCGGCAUUGGGAAGUUGGUCGAGCCUAUGAUCUGGGUUUACGCCGAGGAUAUCUACAAAUUCGUCCAGUCGGCUACCUGGGAGAAGUAUGCAUCGGUCUUCAGUACGGCAUGGGCUGCGUCUGCGUUUAAAGGAGCUCACGGCGAGGGAUUGCUGCUGCCUCCGAUACGACGCCAUCUCGAAAACACACUCCGGUGGCUGGCGGUAAUGCAGGGCGAAGGAAAUCGGUUCACGCACGGACUGCAAGGACUAGCUCUAACAGGCUGGCAGCGUUACGAUCACUUUGCGAUCCUGUGCGAACUACUCCCAUCCGCUCUGCCCAGUCUGGCGGUGUGUCUUUCGACUGCUGCGAAAGGAUACUUCGAUGUAAGCGCAAAAACCAACCCCAUACUCAGCAGCCUAACGUGCCCGGAACCUACCGGAGAACAUCAUGCCUGGUUGGAGCUGCACAAAGACUCGCUGAUGGUAAUGUUUUCGCGCUGCAUGUUUCCCGGCAGUAUGAUCUAUCGCUUCAUGUUACGGCUGGCGACAUUGACGGCGGAAACGGAGGAGUACACGGAUGCGAUACGGCAAAGGCGCGGUUGGCUAACCGACUACAACAUCCGGCACAACUUUAGCAGUGCGGCACGGGUUGACGAUUUGCUGGGGGAAAACUAUCGGCUGCUUAACUCCGUCUCCAAUCUGGCGCGGACAGCUGCCUCUACGCUCACCGAGGUGUAUGAUCAUUGGACUUACGGCGAAUUCAUCGAGCAACGCAUUUUCCCGAUGUUGGAAGAAUUGAAACGCUUGGAACGUGCUGGAGAAGGAUUAAAAAAGCGUCGCGUUUGGACCCAACGUCCACUGCCCUAUCUGAAACCGUUCGAGGUGCUUGGCAUUGACGAGAAAACCUAGCUAGCCGAGUACGUUAAAAUUUCCAUUCGGCAUUAGCCGGCCGGACUUGGUUGGAGGUCCCUCAAAAUUUUACACGAUUUUACAGCUCAGUAUAACCAGGCGUUAGAGAGUUAGCAGUCGAUCGUUACGUAGCUCCAAAAUCCAACUAUCGUCGAGCCCUUUUUUUUGUAUACGAUCAAUCAUUUUCUCGCCAAAAGUUGAGAUUACACAUCCCGGAACGCGGUGUGUUUCCCAACAAGACUGACAGAGAAAGUGUAGACGCGUAGGUUAAGAGAUAAGCGAGUUAGUCAAUGUAUAGAUGAAAGUAGCAGUCGAGGAAAAAUAAAUCAAACUAUAAAAUCA